CUGAUUCGCUGAGGGAGCUCGACACCGAAACUGCUUGAUGACCCUUCACAACACAUUCAGCCCUGUAUCCCAAAGAGAUCAUCCGUGUCCGGCUGAUAGGUUACUCUGGUAUCUGUACUCUGGGGCCCAGACAUCCGCUCUUGGGGGGGAGGGGGAAGAAUGGCAUCGUGCCUGCUGUUCGGCUUUCCUCCGUUGUUAUCUCUUGUAGGGAUCCGCAGAAAAACCAUCGGCUAUAGGGAAGGUAUCCAUUCCCGACCUUCACCAAAACGGUCCAGGCACGUGUGGCUUCCAUACUUCUGUCUCGAUAUAAAGCCUGGUCCCACAUUCCAUCAUAUUUCCUGUCGAGCCCCUCUGUUUUCUUUGACUUUCUUCGCUAUGUCUGCUGCUAGACUGCACACCUCCGCUUCGACAGCAACCGAAACACCAGUUUCCGUUCCCUCUUCUCGGUCGUCGAGGAUAACCCCAGAGACCUCCGCUUGGGUGGAUCCCGCCUCGUUGCCUGAUCACGGCGAUGUCUCUGCAACGACAGGAAACGUCGGUGACGAUAUCAAACGGCUCAACUACAACACAUACUUUUCAUAUGGUGUUGGAGAUGAAGAUUGUUUCGGUUAUCAGGCCGGCAAAGAUGUCAAAUUUGUCGAUAUCAACGUCGACAGACGGUUGGAACACCACGGUCGGCUUGAAGCCACCACAAUCGCAGAAGUCGUCGUCAGUAAACAUAUGCUGAACGGUGCUGGCAUGCUACAUGGUGGCUGCAUAACGUAUCUCAUAGACAAUUGCUGCAGCACUCCGCUAGUCGUCCUCGGCUUAGUGCAAGGUGUCAAUGGCGUUGGCGUGACACAAGGCAUGAACGUCCUCUUCCAUUCCCCCGCAUCCUUGGGCGCUCGCAUUCGCAUCAUAAGUACUUCGGUAUCAUUAGGUGGAAGGGUUAUGACGUCCCGGUGUGAGAUUAUCAACAAAGACACCGGAAGGAUUAUCGCUUCAGCUUUCCUGAAUAAAAUGCAGCCAAACAUGUCCAAGCUGUGAUCCCAAAUUUUCUUUUUUUCUUUUUUUCUUGCGCAUCGUAUACCCACCAUCCAUGCACUUUUUUGUUUAUAUCUUGCCUAUGCUCCUUUUUCAGGAUUUUGUUUCAUAUCAAAGCAUCGUUGUAUCAUUAGACACAUACAAAUCUUUAUUUUCCGUGGCGUUGGAACACCGAGGGU